AUGUUAUCAAAUAAUCAUAAUAGUAGUUCUAGUAGUAAUACUAGCAAACAGGCUAAUAUCGACUUUAUACCAGAUGAAAACGAUCCAUCCAGUUAUAAAUACUUCCCAGAUAAUCCAACAAGUUUUGAAUCACAGAUGCAAUUCAAAAUUAAGGAACCGUCACGAUAUUUUGAUCCAUGUGAAGAAUCUGCACGCAUGAGUAGACAGUGUUUGGAAGAUAACUGGGAUAAUCCAGAUAAAAAAACAGUUUGUAAAGAAUUUUUUAAAACUUACAAGGACUGUAAAGCAAUGUGGAUGUCACAGAGAAGAUAA